ACACGUGACAAGUCUCCUCUUUUAAAGCCAUAAGGCUCAUUGUUAUAGUUGAGUAAACCCGUGCUGCAGUAAGAUGAAAUUCUUGGUGCUGUUAUGUUUGGUUGCUUCUGCUGUAUGCCAGCAAGGCAACAUCGUACAGGUUGCUCAGCAACUUGGUGCAACAACUCUGCUAGAGUUAGCAACGGAAGCAGGUUUGGCAGACACUUUGGCAAACGGAGGUCCUUUCACCGUGUUUGCACCAACCAAUGACGCCUUCGCCAAGCUUCCACCAGAAGUAUUGGACUUCUUAAAGAAGAACAAGGAAGCCCUUGUGGCGGUCCUGAAAUACCACGUUCUCAGUGGCAAGACUUACUCAAGUCAGCUCAAGAACGAGCUGGUGGUACCAACACUAGACCCCAAACUCAACUGUAGAAUUAACAUCUACCAGAAAGGCAAGGUGGUUACAGCAGACGGUAGCCCGAUCAUUAAAGUGGACCAGAACGCCACCAAUGGAGUCAUACACGUGAUCAGUCGUGUGGAAUACCCCAUCCCCGUCACAAACGUGGUCAAGCUGGCCCAGCAAGACAAACAACUAGGGACAUUGGUAAAGGCCGUGGUGGCAGCCGGACUGGUCGGCACUCUCUCAGGCCCUGGACCAUUUACCGUGUUCGCGCCAACAGACAAAGCAUUUGCAGCCCUUCCUCCGGGAACACUGGACAACCUUCUUAAGAACAAAACAGCACUUACAGACGUUCUAACGUACCACGUGGUUAGCGGAACUUACUUCAGCGCUGGACUCACUUCCGGGCCUGUUCCAACUGUCGAGGGUAAAAAUGUCAACAUUGUUGUUGGACAAGGUGUGAAAGUGAAUGGGGCCAAUGUAGAGCGAGCCGAUGAAGCCGUAACUAAUGGCGUCGUACACGUCAUCGACGCCGUCCUUAUCCCUCCGAAGUACAGAUACCUCCUCAAAUUUGGUUAUUGGUUUCAACCUUAGUUGAGCUAGGAUACAUUUGUUGCUUGUCAUAAUAUUUCUGUGAAACGAUUAGAUUUUCAGGUGGCUCUCAAUUUUUCUUUAAGUUCAUGGGAAUCUCACAACCACGAAAUAACAUCCUCGAUGAACUUUUAUAAAAUAUGUCAUUUCAUUUGUACAUCUGUUGCUUGUGCGUAUACUAUUUCUGUCUUAACUAUUGUUAUUUGCUCAAUUGUUUUGCAUGGUUCUCAAUAAAUGUAACUUAAUUUUUUUUACUUCAUUAACAUAGUAUAUAUAUAUAUAUAUAUAUUUUUUUUUUUUCAAUUAAACAACUGAACUUACUUUGUUGUAAUGCAUGUAUAAUGAAAUCCUUAGAUUUUUUGUAAAUAAAUUGCUAAAACAACAUUAA